UAAACACGAAAACUAUUGAAAACUGCUGUCAAGCGUAUAAAUGUAACAUAUUCAAAUGUCUACAUAAGUAUAUUUUUGGUAAUAAAAUGACAAAUCCAGUGUAUUGGUGCGGUUAGUAAGUUCUAUUCAGGCCUGGCGUUGGAAGGUAGUGAGAUGGUGAGGUGGAGGUACGGCUUGGUGCUGGCCAUGUUGCUGCUGUUGCCUGUGAGGACUGACUGCUUGAUGGACGAUGACGAUGAUGAAGAACAUAGCGACGGUCCUGAUGAUGAUGACGACGAGGACGACGAAGAAGAGGAACAAACAGAAAAGACUGAAAUUAUAUCAGGCAGGCGGACUCCUAUCAUGUUGCCAUCAGUAAAAGCACUGAUGGUCACCAGGACAACUAAGAAGCACCCGAUUGAAUGUUAUGUCUGUGCAUUUAAAACUGAAACGCCUUUGAGGGCAUGUUUGGAUCCCACUAAAUACAGGGUACAUACAAUGACAUGUCACAGUACAGAAGACAAGUGCUUUACGUCUGUAAUAUCGAAGGGGAGUAAUUACGAAGCGGUAGUGAGAGGCUGUCGCUCAGGGUGUGUAGGAAACCCGGAGACCACAUGCUGUGAGUUGAACCGCUGCAACAAUCAAGCUUUAGCAAUCCCAUUACCACAGCCUCAUGCCCUCGUGUCCAAUAAAUCAAAAAAGACCAUUCCACCUACUGUAUUGUUCUUUGUCACCAUCCUGUUACUUCUACAGAAUGUGACCAAAGUGGCACUAGUGUGAUGAAUAUGAUUCGUUGCUACUUGAGAAGAAAGAAACGCUGUAUCUUUGAAAUAAAUUACAAUAUUAUUUUUGAUAUCCUAUAAAAUCUAUUUUGAAAUGUAUUGAGAGAAGUCUACAAUGUUUUGACCAUGACUAUAAUGUUUAAAUGUAAGAGGUACGCUUUUUGUAAAGGUUUUGUUCAAGUUUCGUCUAUCGUUUAGUAAUAAAUCU